AUGCUUGCUUCAAUAAUAGCAAUUGCAACGAUUACGACGGUCCCGGUCGGGGAUACACUUGCAGUUGUCUUCCUGGUUAUCAGGGUAAUCCUUAUCUUCCUCCGGGAUGUACAGAAAUUCCUCUAUGCAGAUAUCGAUGAGUGUGCAAAUUUAUCAAGAACCCGUUGUUCUCAAAAUUGUAUAAACACUCCGGGUGGUUACAACUGCUCUUGUUCGAAUGGAUAUCAUGGAGAUGGUUGGUUUAAUGGAACUUCUUGUGUUAGAGAAUUUGUACCGGAUCGUCCAAAUGUAGCUGUAUAUGUGAGUGCAACUUUGGGAUCACUACUCUUGCCUCCAAUUGGGUGGUGGUUGUACGUAGUGAUAAAAAAAAGAAAGGUUAUCAAGCAAAAAGCUAGAAACUUUCAGAAAAAUGGUGGUUUAUUGUUACAGCAUCGUAUGUCGUCUGAUGAACGCAUUGUAGAAAGAACAUAUUUCUUCACCAUUGAUGAAUUGGAGAAAGCCACGGACCACUUCAAUGAGAGCAGGAUACUUGGACGAGGAGGCCAAGGUACUGUUUAUAAAGGAAUGCUAGGUGAAGGGAGACUUGUUGCUGUAAAAAAGCCUAAGACGUUGAAAGAAAGCCAACAAGAAGAUUUCAUCAAUGAAUUGGUUAUCAUGUCUCAAAUAAUUCAUAGGAGUAUAGUCAAGUUACUAGGAUGUUGUUUUGAAUCAGAAAUCCCAUUACUAGUUUACGAGUAUAUCCCCAACGGAACUCUUUCCAAUCAUCUCCAUCACCUGAAUGAAGAGUUCCCUAUCACUUGGAGAAUGCGCAUGCAAAUUGCUUCUGAUGUAGCUGGAGCACUUGUUUAUUUGCAUUCUUUUUCCAAUGUUCCCAUCCUUCAUAGGGACAUCAAAUCUUCAAACAUUCUUUUGGAUGAUAAGUAUAGGGCAAAGUUAUCAGAUUUUGGGCUAUCAAAAAAUGUAGCUCCCGAUCAAACCCAUGUAACCACUCAUGUUAUGGGAACAUUUGGUUAUUUGGAUCCUGAAUAUUCCCAUACUUGCCAAUAUACCGUGAAGAGUGAUGUUUACAGUUUUGGUGUGGUCCUUGUUGAACUUAUAACAGGACAAAAAGCAAUACGUGCUGUUUAUGAACAAGGUAGAAGUUUGGUGUCGUGGUUUCUUUCUCAUGUAAAAAACUCUCAAGUCCUUGACAUUAUGGAUCCUCAAGUUCUUAAAGAGGGUUUGGAGGAAGAACUUUGCGCUAUUGCUAAUCUUGCAACACAAUGCCUGGAUCCAAAAUGAAAGAAGUUCUUAUAGUACUAGAGACAGAAGAGUCGCAUCAUGUACAAUUGCCCCAAUUGGAAGAAGCACAAAUGAGCCCAAAAUUUGAGCAAGUAGUGUUGGCUGCUGAAUCAGCAAACAUUUCAUUCCAUGACAAUGUUGCAACUUCCUCCGCAUCUGGCAUGUAAACCCAUUAAUCUCGUUCAGCUGAUUUGUGUUUGUAAUAUCUUUAGUGGUUGGUCAUAUACAGACCUUUAUUUGCAUAGCUCGACUAUUUAACUCUAUGUGUUAUAGUUUUUUUAAAAAUGAUUUAAUAGUUUUAAAAAUGAUUUCUUUCUAUUUUAUUUAGAAGGCUAUGUUCAAUCUAGUUGUUUGGUCCAUGGUGCAGUGGGUGUAAAUCUUGCUUUUAUAAUUAAUAUUAUUAAAGCUU